AUGCUGGUGCUGGUGGGACUGGUGCUGUUCCUUGUGCCUGCAGAACCCCUGACUGCCUUCCCCCCGAAGUUCCAGGUGGGGAAACUCAACCAGGACGUGGUGGUGCGAUGUGACACUUCAGAGCAGCACAUCUACUGGACACUGAACGGCGAGGAGGAGCCCAUGGCCGAACUGGUGCCUGAGGGCCAGAACCUCACCAUCCUCGGCUUGGACCUGCCAGCCACUGGCAACUACAGCUGCUGGGCUGGCCCCGUCCUGCUGGACACCACCUACGUGGUGGUCAGCGGCACCCGUGAGGAGAAGAUCAAUGUGUCCUGCCAGGCUGAGUCCUACAACGGCUCCUUCCGCUGCUCCUGGCCUGGGCCUCCCUCUGCCAUCUUCCGUGCCCGCCUCACACGCAGCGAUGGCUCUGUGGGGCCAUGGGUACCGGUGGCCAGUGACCAUGGCCAGUUCAACACCAGCCUGGCUGACCCCUGGUUCUGCCCCUUUGGGGAGGAGCUGCACCCGCUCCAGCUGCACCUGGAGGGGCUCUCAGACACCUCCUACCUCAACCUCUCCAGGCACUUCUUCCUCCGUGACAUUGUGCGUCCUGAUCCACCCCAGGAGCUGAGCCUGCAGCAGCGGGGGCAGCAGCUCCACCUGGCCUGGGCCCCCCCAGCCUCCUGGCCGCUCCCCAAGUCCUACUUUGCUCUGCUCUACCAUCUACAGUAUGAGCUCCACAACGGCACCCAGGUUGAGCAGUUCGUGGAGGGUGUGGAGGAGACUCCGGUGCAGGAGGGGGCACGACGGGUGCGAAUCAGCUGCCGGGAUCCCUACACACCCCCAGCCUGGAGCCCCUGGAGCGCCUGGAUGAGCCUCAAUGUGCACCACUAA